GCGUUAUUUGAAGUGAUAGACGAAAAUGAUGAAAUGCUAAUGGAAAGUAGAUUAUCAUUCAUUGCAAAUAUUUUCUCAAAUUUUGAAGAGCUUCGUCAAAGUGGAAAAUUAGUUGACGUAAAAGUCGGUGCUUCUGGUAAAAUAUUUUUAUUUAGAUUUAAUGUACAUCGAAUUGUAUUAGCUGCAACAAUUCCAUAUUUUCAUUUAAUAUUUACAAAAAAUUCAACUGUAAAUCAACAAGACGAAAUUCAUUUAGAAGAAAUCGAUGCUGAAACUUUAGAUCGAAUAAUUAAUUUUUCUUAUACGGGUAAAAUACGAAUAACUAUUGAAAAUGUUCAAAAAACGAUGAUAGCAGCAAAUUUCUUACAGCUUCAUGAUAUUCUAAAUGCAUGUAGCACAUUUUUGGCCAAUCGUCUAACUACUGAAAAUGUGCUGUCGAUAAGAUCGCUUGCAAACUCAGUAAAAUCUAAUUUGCUUCUUUUCUCUACAGAUCGUUUUAUCUGCCGAAAAUUUCUAUUAAUUUCGAUGUGUAAGGAUUAUCUUACGUUGAACUUCGAUGAAAUUUCGACAAUUUUAUCAAAUGAUAAAUUAUUAAUUGAUAACGAGGAGCAAGUUUUUGAAGCCGCAAUGAGAUGGCUUUGCCAUGAUUCAAAAACAUGGGAAUAUCGAAAAGUAAUGAAUUCAAUUGUAUCGGAAAGAUGUCCUUAUUCGCAUUUUCGUAUUGCUGAAAUGAAUGGAAUUUUUUAUAUUAUUGGAGGCUCUAAUAAUUUUGGUUUAUUAAAUACUGUGGCAGCAUUUGAACCAAAUACUGGCAGAUGGAAAGAGGUAUGUCCCAUGAUAAAUAUACGAUCGUAUGCAAGCGUUGCGGUACUAAAUGAACGUUUAUAUGUUUGUGGAGUAAUUGGUGGUCGUAAUGGUCAGAAAAUAUUUAACUCAGUAGAACGUUUCGAUACUGAAACACAAAAGUGGGAAUUUGUUCAACCAAUGCAAAUGAGGAGGUGUCAAUUUGGUGCAGUUGCUUUCGACAAUAAAAUCUAUGUUUGUGGAGGUUUCAAUCGUGGACGAAUUCUACAACAAAUGGAAGUAUACAAUCCUGGUAUGGACCAGUGGGAUUUUUUAUCACCGAUGUGGAACAAACGAUAUGAUUUCUCUUUAGUGUCUUCUAAUGGAAAAUUGUAUGCCAUUGGAGGGUUGGUUAAUUAG